AUUGUAGACUUCCAACACUUAUACUCUUUGACUGAACAUACCCCGCAAUAUUCACGUGCGACAACAGCUGAGUUUGACAUUUCAAUUUUGGCAAUUACGAAACUAUUUAGGAGCCGCUUGAGAAUGUUUAUUUUGUAAAUUUAAUUAUUUUAUUGAGUCGUUAUAAUAAUAGCAAACUAUAUGAAGUUGCUAUUUAACUAUGUCAGCGCAAUACCAAAGAUUUUUGAAAUUAUUGGAAAAGUGGCCCACUGAUAAGACUAAAGUUGGCAGUGAAGCCAUUGUAGCGCCAACAAAAAGUAAAAUGUCUGUUAGUGGAGCCGCAAUUAUCUCGGGCACUGCCGUUGCAAAAGGAAUUCGUGAAUCUCUUACGCAAGAAGUACAAGAAUUGAAGCAACAAAUUGCCGAUUUUGCACCCGGACUACGCAUUGUGCAAGUCGGUGGACGCGAGGACUCCAAUGUCUAUAUUCGCAUGAAAAUCAAGGCUGCCACCGAAAUUGGCAUAGACGCUGAGCUUGUUAAAUUACCACGGACGAUAACUGAAAUUGAGUUACUGGAAAAAAUAAGCCAAUUGAAUAAUGAUCCUAUGGUGCAUGGAAUUAUCGUACAAAUGCCACUUGACUGUGAUACCAAAAUUGAUUCACAUAAAAUUACUGACGCGGUUUGUCCCAAAAAGGAUGUGGAUGGCUUACAUACCAUAAAUGAAGGUCGUGCAGCAAUUGGUGAUUUAAAAGGAUUCCUACCCUGCACACCAUGGGGUUGUAUUGAAUUGAUAAAAAGUUCGGGUGUACAAAUUCAAGGUGCCAAUGCAGUAGUAUUGGGUCGCAGUAAGAUUGUCGGGACACCAGUGUCGGAGCUACUUAAAUGGGAGCAUGCCACUGUAACUGUUUGUCAUUCAAAAACCAAGAACUUAAACCAGAUAUGUCGAUCUGCUGAUAUUUUGGUGGCAGGUAUUGGUGUACCUGAGAUGAUAAAAGGCAGUUGGAUUAAGCCUGGUGCUGUUGUCAUUGAUUGUGGCAUCAAUGUUAUACCAGAUUCUACUAAAGAAAGUGGAACACGCCUUGUUGGUGACGUUGAUUUCGAAGAGGCUAGAAAGGUAGCUUCGUUCAUUACACCAGUUCCCGGUGGUGUUGGACCUAUGACAGUAGCUAUGCUAAUGAAAAACACUGUGCGCUCAGCAGUUUUAGCUGCAAAUUCCCUUUUGCGUAAACAAUGGGACUUGGUUCCACUAACUCUAAAUAAAGUGAUACCAGUGCCGAGUGAUAUUGUGAUUGCUAGAUCACAAACACCAAAGAAUAUCUCUAUAUUAGCUGAAGAAAUUGGAUUGAUGGGCAAAGAAGUUUCCCUUUAUGGUGACAAAAAGGCUAAAAUUGCAUUAAGUGUUAUUGAGCGUUUGAAAAACCGCGGUAAUGGACAUUAUGUUGUUGUAGCUGGUAUAACUCCAACACCACUAGGCGAAGGCAAAAGUACUACUCUAAUUGGUCUGGUACAAGCUCUAGGUGUACAUAGAAACAGAAAUUCAAUAGCUUGUCUGCGUCAACCCUCUCAAGGUCCUACAUUCGGUAUUAAAGGCGGUGCUGCUGGCGGUGGUUAUGCACAAGUUAUACCAAUGGAAGAUUUUAAUUUGCAUAUGACCGGUGAUAUACAUGCUGUUUCAGCUGCAAAUAAUUUACUUGCCGCACAAUUGGACACACGUAUUUUCCAUGAGAAUACCCAGAAGGAUCAAGCACUCUUCGAUCGUUUGGUACCACGUAUUAAGGGUGUACGUAAAUUUUCCAAAAUACAAUUACGACGUCUGCAACGUUUGGGCAUAAAUAAGGAUGAUCCAGAGUCACUAACAACAGAAGAGAAGAGUAAAUUUGCACGUCUAGACAUUGACAUCGACACUAUUAUGUGGGAACGUGUUGUAGAUAUAAACGAUCGCUAUUUGCGUCAAGUAACUAUUGGAGAAUCACCAACAGAGAAGAAGUUCACACGUACCACAUCAUUCGCUAUUUCGGUGGCAAGUGAAAUUAUGGCCGUUUUAGCGCUUUCACGUUGUCUGGCUGAUAUGAAAGAACGUCUUGGUAAUAUGGUUGUAGCUUUUAAUAAGUCUGGUGAGCCCAUUACUGCCGAUGAUUUGGGUGUUACUGGUGCUUUAACAGUAUUACUGAAGGAUGCACUUGAACCAACACUUAUGCAAACAUUAGAAGGCACACCAGUGCUCGUGCAUGCUGGUCCUUUUGCUAACAUUGCACAUGGUUGCUCUUCAAUUGUAGCUGAUGAGAUAGCUUUGAAGUUAGUUGGAGAUCAGGGUUUUGUUUGUACUGAGGCUGGUUUCGGUUCCGAUAUUGGCAUGGAGAAAUUCUGCAAUAUUAAAUGCCGUUCAUCAGGUCGCAAGCCAAAUGCUAUUGUAUUGGUUGCAACAGUGAGAGCUUUGAAAAUGCAUGGUGGUGGCGCACCAGUGACAGCUGGAGCACCACUCAACAAACAGUACACUGAGGAAAAUUUGACACUACUUGAGCAGGGUUUACCUAAUUUAUUGCAGCACAUUUCUAAUGGAAAGAAAUUUGGUUUACCAGUUGUUUUAGCACUUAAUCGUCAUAGUAAUGAUACUGAAGCAGAACAUAAGCUGGUUUUGGAUGCUGCAUUGAAAGCUGGCGCAUUUGCUGCUGUCACUUGCUCCCAUUGGAGUGAAGGUGGCGCUGGUGCAGCUGAAUUGGCCGAUGCUGUCAUUAAAGCUUGUGAGAAUUCUAAGAAUUUCAAAUUGCUCUACUCGAAUGAUAUCUCUUUAGAAGACAAAAUGAAUACCAUAGCACAGAAUAUGUAUGGUGCUAAAAAAGUGGAACUCACUGAAAAAGCCGCAGCUGCUGUGAAGAAACUGACAGAAGCAGGUUUUGGUAAUUUACCAAUUUGUAUGUCAAAAACAUCUGCUUCUUUGACUGGUGACGCAUCUAUAAAAGGAGCUCCAAAAGAUUUUACUUUGAGUGUGGAAAAUGUUUAUGUUUCCGCUGGUGCUGGCUUUGUAGUAGCUAUGUGUGGAGAAAUUUCUAAAAUGCCUGGUCUACCAACACGUCCAUGCAUAUAUGAUAUUGAUCUCAAUACUGAAACUGGCGAGAUUGAAGGAUUAUUUUAAAAUCUACAAAUAAGGACAAAAUGUCAAAAA